UUGUGAGCACAAACGGCAGCAAGCGCAGAGCUGCAUGCUAAUAGUUUACCAUAAGUGUGUCAGUGCAUGUACACACUGCAGUGCAGAUUUCCUGCCACCUCGACUACACUGUUUCUUAUUGUGUGGCGUAGUGUGACCUUAAGGGUAGAUGAUGUGUGAGUGGUGUUGAUAGGGUCUUGCUGCUGUGGUGAUAGUGCAGAAAAUGGAAGAAGACCAAGUGCCAAACCAGGAUUCCUCUCAAGCCACAGAUGUGAAGAAGGUGCAUCGUAAAUCUGAAACCAAGCGAUACAGUGAGAUCUUCAGAGAUUUUGAUAAUUUUGAGUUAUCUUUAAUCUCAACUGAUGGGGAGGAUCUUCUGGCAGACAUUGAUUCGCUGUCCAUCUCAGGAUCCAUCACUGGAGAUAGCACAGAGCUCACAGACCAACAUGAUGUGACUAGUGAAGACACAUUUUGCCCACAAAUACGCUCUGAAGCCAAUGAAGCAGAUGGAAACUCAUCAGCCCAGGAAGCAGACCUGGCACUCUGUCGCUGUGAGGAUGGAGUGGAGACUGCGCUGCAGUACGCCAAGAUGUGGUGCCGCUAUGCCAAAGACCUACUUGCCUGGAUGGAGAAGAGAAUCAGCUUGGAACAAGAAUUUGCAAAAACUGUGAUAAAGACAGCUGAAGGAGCAAAAGCGAACGUGGCACAGCAGGAAAUGAUGCCUCUUCAGUACAUCUACACCAUGGCGUUAGAGCAAGACAUCAAAAACAGUCUGACCUCUAGAAAGACUUCUGAACUGCUACACAACCGCUGUUACCAGGCCUUGGCUGCCAAGAGGAAUGAGAUCGACAAGUGGCGCAGAGAAUUUAAGGAGCAGUGGGCAAGAGAACAAAGGAGGAUGAAUGACGCAGUGACAGCUUUGAAAAAAGCUCGGCAGCAAUACUUCCAACGCUGUGAUGAGCUAGAAAAGGUGUGUAAAGCUGUGUCUGCUAAAGCUGUGGAUGACACAGCUGGAAUCAAAACGCUGGAUAAGAGGAGGAAGUCUAAGGAUGAAGCCCAGACUAAGAUGAUGGAGUCAGAGCAACUAUACAAACAGUGUGUGCACGAUGCCAGGAUCCACCAGGAUGGGUUAGUGAGGGUCAAGGAGAGAAUUAUCUCUCACAUUCGCAAGCUCAUCUGUCAGGGAGACACUGUGCUCAAAGAGGCCACGGUCAACAUGUUUUUCUACCAGCGGCAGCAGGCAGAACCUGUCCCCCUUGGCUACCACAACCUGGAACUAACAUGCAGGUCCCUGGAGCCUGGCGAGCCCUACCUAUAUUACAUCCUCAGCAAGCGCCGCCUCGAGCAACCUCUCCAAGUCUUUAACUUUCAGGAGUAUGUUCCUCAGGGAAAAGGGAACAAAAGGAAAACCAGUAAUACCUUUAGCUCUGCGCAGGACUCCUCACCUAUGACAGAUGACACCCUUUACAGAAGGUCCAGCGAUGGCAAGAAAACAGGAUACAGUGACAGUGAGAGUUUUGGAGGCAGUUUGGAAUCUCUGUCCAGCCCUGCUCACAGGAGACUGCCUAAAACCGCAUCCACUUUGACAGUGUCAUCGGACGAUCUGGACGAGAGAGAUAUGCCGUCUGAAUCAGAAUACCCUGAUGGUCAGCAAGUCAAAGUGCUUUCACGAGCUGCACUGUCACACCGACUCAGGAAGAUGAAGAGCAAGAUGGUCAGAUGCAAGCAGUGUGACAACUACAUUGUUGUCAGUGGGGUUGAAUGUGAGGAGUGUGGGGUGGCUUUGCACAGGAAGUGCAUGGAGGUGUGUCAGCUGGAGUGUGAGCACAGGAAGGGUACUGUGUUCGGAGUGGACCUCUCUCUGCUGCUGCGAGACAGGCCAGACGAGGUGCCUUUCGUGGUGCUGCACUGCACGUCUGAGAUCGAAAGUCGUGCUCUCUCUGUCCAGGGGGUGUAUCGUGUAAGUGGGUCCAAGCCGCGCAUUCAGAAGCUCUGUCAGGCCUUUGAGAUGCAAAAGGAGCAGGUGGACCUGUCUGACCUCUCACCACAUGACAUCACCUCAAUCCUUAAGCACUUCUUCAAGGAGCUCCCAGAGCCCUUACUAACCUUUGACCUGUACAAUGACUUCAUUGCUGUGGGAAAGACCAUUCAGCAACUGAGUGAAAGGGAGGCGACACCAGACACUAAUGACAUAAUGGACAUCAUUCACGACAUCCAAAAGCUACUACAGAAACUUCCUUCAUAUUGCUACAGCACUUUGCAGCAUCUGAUGUCUCACCUGCAAAAAGUUUCAGAGAACUACGAGAACAAGAUGUCUCCUAGCAAUUUGGGUAUUGUGUUUGGGCCAACACUAUUGCGCCCUCUAGUGUCUACUGACAUGUCAAUGAUUGCCCUGCUGGAGACCAGUUACCAGGCUGUACUUGUUGAGUUCCUCAUCACACACCAUGACACGGUUUUUGGCCUUCAGCCAAGACCCAGCACACCCCCUCCCCCGGUCCCUAACGCACCUCUUCCAGAGACCCCUCCCAGGGCUCCUUGUCCCCUGGAUGGGGACGAAUACACAAGCACAGAACAUGAAAACCCCUCCAGAGAGCGCCCACGCUCACUCAAUAGUCGAACAAUCAAGAGAGAAUCAAGCGAGGGUUAUAUAUCUGACAAGUCUUCAUCCAAUGAGGCAGUGGACCAGCUCAGCCCUGAAGCCAAUGAGAGAGCAGUCCUGGCUGUAAGAGGGGCAUCGAUCAAUCAUCAGGGUGAACCAGUGGGAGAACCAGACUCAGAUUUGGGGACCCAGCCACACUAUCGCUUCACCAGACAGCCUGUGAAGUAUCACCGGCAUCAUAACCCAGGAUUCCGACUCUCCAACCCAAGUCGUGCAGCCAGACAGCCUGCUGCUCCGGUGAGGUGCCGUCCAGGGAGUGCUGACAGCAGCCGCAGUUCUUCUCCAGAGCCUGGGACACAGAGACUUUCCCAAAACUUAGAUGUCUGCUGUGAGAACGCUCACCAAGCACACCAGUCCACCGCUGCCACAGAGGGUAAAAUGGAUGCCCCACUAAGCCCCCGUGAGGUUGUGCAGUACAUGCUGGGACUGCACUCAUCACCUUCAAAUGUGACAUCAUCCAGUGUAACACAGGAGUCCUCUCAGGUGGAGGCUGAUCUGAACACAAAUAUGUCCAAUAACAGACAGAGCGCCGGACAGAGUCGGACUCUGUGUCACUCCCCAAAGACACUUCCUGUUGAGCAUAACCUGACCUCACCAGCCCUGAAGAUCCUGUCUGGUCUGAAGCUGAGACGCAGCCACUCAGGGAAAGAUGAGCAGCUCUUUGUCUGAGGAAAGAUAGAAAUCUCCAGACAGUUCACUGGAAUACCUUCACACACACAGUGUCACUGUUACUGUGUGUAACAACUGCAACCUCUAUCAACAUUCAUGCAGUUAUCAAGAAUAAAAUGCUCCCAUAUUUUACGCACAAAUAUCUCCCUGUUAACGCAAAAUGUAACAGUCUUCAAAAGGUUACUUAGAUGAUAGUCACUUACCAAAAAGUUUAAUGUUUCACACUCACAUAUUGAGUAACUCUUUAAGGACACCCACUUGAAAAGCUGAGGUCUGAUGCUGUGAUGCCACAGCCUUAUUACCACUAAUCCUCUUUAAGAUUUUGAUCUGUUGACCAUCCAGCUGUCUAAUACCCCCAAGGAAAAGAGAGGUUCAUGUAUUUAUCAAUUUUUUUAAAAUAUUUCAAAUGCAUUUAAAUGCAACAAGCAGCUGGUUUGGGACUGCAGGUUAAAGGAUGCAAACUAGCACAGAAGCAUCAAGUUCAUCUAGGUUUUGUCCCAAGCAAACUAUCAUGAAAUUCUGCAAAGUAUAAAUGCAGACAUGUGUUGUGUUAUUAGGGUGAUUUUGUUAUCUUUGUUAACCAGAUGGAGAAUUUUGUAGUGCACAAACAAAGACGUGCCCCUGUUAGUGUCAUAUAGUUAUCCAAUCAGAUAUUUUUUGACUUUCAUGCACCUUUUCUGCUUUAACACAAGAGGGCGAUGCUCUCCCGGUGUGAGGGGAAAACAUGCCAGACACAAUAGUAGAAAAGCAAUAAACCAUUUAUUUCUAAAUACAA